UCCAGCAUGGGACCCCCUGACGCGUCAAGGGGCGGAGACGAUGGGGCUGCGGGUGAAGGGCAAGGCGGCGGCGGCUCUGGAAAAGUGCCGAAGAUCACGAUCUUGCGACUGGAGCUGGGCACUGCCAUGAAGGACGAGGCUGUGGCCCAUUUGAUCCGGAUCUUGCAGGCCACUCCCAAUGCUAUCGAGAAGGACAUCGCGACGGAUAUGAAGAAAUACUUCGACCAAAAGUACGGACAGACAUGGCACUGCGUCGUGGGCAAAGGCUUCGGCUGCUCCAUCGCCUACGACACGCAAUAUCUGCUCUUCUUCCGCGCCGACCAACAUUACGUGCUGCUCUUCAAGUCCACCGAGUGAGCUUAGACAUAGAAACCGAUAGGAUCAUUACCGUCCUUUAUUCAGUUUUUCAACACGCAGUCUCUGAAUACUCAAGCGUCAAUUCUUACACC